AUGCGUUUCGGCAAGACGCUGAAGAAAUCGAUAUACCCUCCGUGGGAGGGGAAAUACAUUGACUACCAGAAGCUCAAGCGUCUCUUGCGGGAACCAGAUGUCACCGGUGAAGAUCCCAGCGACAGUGAAAGCCAGCCCUGGACAGAGCAGGACGAGGAGGCGUUCGUGCAGGAGCUGAUCAAUGUUCAGCUGGAUAAGGUCAAUGCCUUUCAGGUCGACACUUCACGCCAACUGCGGGAGCGUACCUCUGCCUGCGAGGCCAAAUUGGCCCCGUUGGUCCCGAAGGAAGGUAGCGAGCAACCGGAAGUGGUCGACGAGGAAGAACGACGAACCAUUGCCAGUGAAGUGCUCCAGGAGCUAGACAAUAUCACCAAGGAGGUCAGCGAGCUCGAAAAGUAUAGCCGGAUCAACUUCACUGGUUUCCUCAAGGCCGCUAAGAAGCAUGAUCGCAAACGUGGUGCGCGGUAUCGGGUCCGGCCCCUGCUUCAAGUGCGGCUGUCUCAGCUGCCCUUCAACUCGGAAGACUACUCUCCUCUUUUGAACCGAUUGUCGGCCAUGUAUACGUUUACACGCCAGAUCCUUAGCCCGGGUCCGGCAGACGUCAAGGAAGGGGUCAGUGGUGAGCCUCGCGUCGGUCAUGAAUCAUAUGUGUCAUACAAGUUUUGGGUGCAUGCGGAUAAUGUCUUGGAGGUCAAGACCUACAUUCUACGGCGGCUUCCGGUCCUGCUCUACAACCCGACAGGUUCCAAAGAACUGGAUGUAUCCCAGCCCGAUCCUACCAUCACGUCAGUGUACUUUGACAACCCUCAAUUUGACCUGUAUAACCAGAAGGUCGCUCGGGCCCCUGAAGCGGGAUCAUUGAGACUCCGCUGGACUGGCCAGUUGAAAGACAAGCCGGCCAUCUUCCUGGAGAAGAAAGUCGUCACGGACGAUGACCACAGUCGGGAAGUCCGGGUGCAAUUGAAGGAGAAGCAUGUCCAGGAGUUUUUGAAAGGGGAGUACAAGUUUGAGAAGCAGGUCCACCGACUGGAGGACCAGGCGCAAGGGGAGUCGGAGCAGGCCAAGUCCCUGAAGAAAAAUGUGGAAGAGCUGCAAUCUUUUAUCAAAGAAUACGAUCUGCAGCCGAUACUCCGGGCCAACUACAGCCGAACGGCGUUCCAAAUCCCUGGGGAUGACCGAAUCCGAAUUUCGCUCGACACCAACCUCGCCCUAAUUCGAGAGGAUGCGCUGGACGUGGAACGGCCAUGCCGCGAUCCCUCUGACUGGCAUCGCCGGGAUAUAGACGACGUUGGCAUGGAAUAUCCAUUCAGUUCCAUCAACAAGGGAGAAAUCGUUCGUUUCCCCCAUGCUCUGCUGGAGAUCAAGUUAAGACAUGGAGCACGCAAUGUGGAGUGGUUGAGAGACCUCAUGGUGUCCCAUCUUGUGAAAGAAGCGCCGAGAUUUUCGAAGUUUGUGCACGGUGUUGCCCAGCUCUUUGAGGACAACAUCAACACGUUCCCGUUCUGGUUGGGUGAACUGGAGAAUGACAUCCGCCGCGACCCCGAAACCGCUUUUCAAGAAGAGCAGGAGCGGUUGGCGAAGCAGGCGGAGGAGCAGAUGAUGGUUGGCAGCUUCUUAGGAGGAUCUCGGCCGAGCCCUCGACAAACCAUGGUGGGAUCACCGAUUUUGCCGCUGCGAAGCGGCGGUUCUCCAGCACUGUCAGCGGCAGCCGGUCCCUCGACAGUGGCACCGGCCGCGAGGGAGCAUCCAGCUCACGCUGAACGAGAGUCUCGGGAACACGCUCCUGAGGCCGAGGCAGCCGCCAGCACGUCUGGGGGGUCUCGUUUCGGCGGAUUGAUCCCGUCGUUUUCGAUGUCCCGCUAUGCUCGCGCUCACCGACAGCGGGUCGAACUGCCGCCCGGGGUGAAGCCUCCCAGCGUGUGGAUCAAAGACGCAGGGCCGGUGCGGGUGGAAUCCAAGGUGUGGCUGGCCAACCAGCGCACGUUUAUCAAGUGGCAGCAUGUCAGCAUCUUGCUCGCGUCUCUGUCGUUGGCCCUUUACAAUGCGGCAGGGGUUGAGAACAAUAUCUCCCAGUCGCUGGCCAUUGUCUAUACAGGAUUCGCAGUGUUCGCGUCAGUGUGGGGUUGGUACAUGUACGAGACUCGGUCGCGACUGAUCCGGCAGCGGAGCGGGAAGGAUCUCGACAAUCUGUUCGGACCGAUCGUGGUGUGCGUGGGGCUGGCGGCGGCGCUCGUUCUGAACUUUGGCUUCAAGUACCAAGCGGCACUCCGCGAAGCACGUGGAGAUGAUAACGUUCCUGCAUCAUCACCGGCAUAUUCGAACGCGUCGGAAGAAUCAGUGUGGGGGCUGAUCAAGCAGGGUGCGCAGUAG